AUGACCCAUGCAUCGACAAUUUUUACUGUUAUUUCCGCUGUCAUUGGGAGCUGCGGUGUGAUCUUCAACCUUUUACUCUGUCUCAUGUUCUUCAAGAAUCCUCAACUCUUAGAUGCUCCCAAUAUCUUUAUAAUGAACAUGUCGCUUGGCGGCUUUAUCCAGUCAGUAGUGGCAACUCCACUCCUGGUCCUCUCCAAUUCACGUGGUGAAUGGCCGUUCGGAGAUGCAGCAUGUAACGGGUAUGGUUUUACCGUAACAUUCUUUGGAUUAAGUUCCAUGAUGCACCUCACCGCUGUUUCAUAUGAGCGGUAUACCACGUUCUGCAGGCUUCUCGACGGUAAUAACGGAGCCGCGCAAUUCAGCAAGAAAAAAGCCACAGUUUUCUCUAUUCUACUGUGGUGUUACUCAUUUUUCUGGAGCCUCAUGCCUAUUACUGGAUGGUCGAACUACAUACCCGAAGGUAUCGAAACGUGCUGCGCCAUUGACUGGAGGUCGCAGGAACCAACUCACGUUUCAUAUGAUUUCUGCUUGCUAUUCAUGUGCUAUAUAAUACCUAUUGCGAUGACGGUCACCUGUUACUACAAAUCAUAUAAAGCAUUUUACCAACACGCACAACAGAAUAACUGGAACAAUAACAACAUGCAUGAUAUUCAAGACACACUUGCCAAAGAACGCAAAAUGGCAACGGUAACCGUUUCCAUGACAACGGGAUAUCUAGUCGCCUGGACACCGUAUCUUAUCUACGCGAUUUUGGCAAAUGCAAAACCAAGUCUGAUCACCGGAUUGGCUGCCUCAAUCCCAGCAUACAUUGCCAAGUCCUCUUUCUGCUACAAUCCACUGAUUUAUGCCUUCGUAGACGAGAAAAUACGAGAAAAACUAAUGGAAACUUUUUUCUGCAAGACCAGCCAAGUAAAUCCACACCCGACUCUGGCUUUAGCGGAGGUGGAUUGA